CGAACUCGUUGACCUGCUCUUUUGGCCUCGAGGUAUACUCCUAUGCAUCUAUUUCUCAUCCGACAUGGAGAGACAGAGCAUAAUGUUGCCGGGCUUCUGGCGGGGGUCUCUGACUCUAGGUUGACAAACCAUGGCGUCCUCCAGACCCAACGACUCGGGCGAUAUCUUACCACUCACCGCAACUUGAGGUUUACUCAAAUCUAUGCCUCGGAUCUUCAACGAGCUUUCAUGACCGCCGAAGAGCUCCAGAGAAACCAAGUUGCAAGGGUCCCCGCCGAGGGUGUCCCGGGAGUGGUAAAACUCGAGCUGCUCCGAGAGCAAGACUUCGGCUCCCUCGAGCUCGUUCCGUGGACCUCGAGAAGAGCACAGCACGCUCUCGAUCCCAGAGUGCCUAACCCAGAAGACCCAUGUUUUCGCCCCCAAGAAACCACCGAGGCUAUGGUGACAAGGGCAGAAUUGUUCCUGAGCGACUUCAUCCUCCCACACUUUGCCAGUGUAGAGGACGCCCAGGAAAGGGGGCAGGAGUGCGUUGCGGUCGUUUCCCAUGGCCUCUUUCUGUCUGUGCUGUGGCAGACGCUGCUGAGAAAAUUUAGGGGCAGUAAUGUCACUCUGGGUCCGAAUGUCGAAGCUUGGGGCUACAGCCGGCCGUUGGAACACCUGCCAUCGUGGACCAACACUGGGUUUUUAGAGGUCACAAUCCAGAAGCCCAUACCAGAAGUUGCCGACCAACCUCGGACGGGGCAGCCUUUGAUAUUGACUGACAUCGAGUCAUCCGCACUCCACGGAUAUUCCAUGACCGUCCAUGGAGUCAACAGCAAAGAUCACCUGCUGGACCUGAAGCGCACCAGAGGCGGGGUGGGAUCAUCUCCCUAUGAUGCAAAGCAACAAAGUCUUGAUGGCUUCUUCAAGCGACCAAAACCCAACGGCCCCAGCACAUGAAUCCCAAGUUGCGCCUCACCCUACGCCCACCGGAGAGGCAAAAGCUGCUACGAGACGAAGAAAAUGUCGUCAACAUCAAUCCCUACGGUCUUUAACCACACUGGAGCAAAUUCCAGUUGAAGGCUGCAGAGAGGUGGAGGAGAGUAACUGCGUCUCACUACUGCUAUCUGAUACAUCAAGACGACCGACCUGUUGACACUGUCCGGGCGCUGUGGGUUUCAAGUUCGCUGGAACCCACUGCCCCAUCCAUCCAGGUGGCUUUGCUCCUGCACGCUUCAUAUCCGGAUUCUAUAUAGAGAGACUGUUGGAGUUGUCAUACAGCUUUAGGAAAUCAUGGAAUGCUUGUUCGGGAGUGACAGCAGCCCAGAGACAACUCCAUCCUCCCGGCCCAAAAUAUAGCCGCCGGACCUUGCGACGGAUCGUGAAUUGUGGGGGGCAGGAGUGCAACCAGGAUUGAAGGCGGAUGACCCUCGAGCCUGGGACAACGCGAGACGCUCUUUACAAAAUGAUUGGCCGUUACAACGACGCGUUCUGGACGGGGGGUGUGUGGGUGCUGAUCAGGGGGCCAACCUUUUCCUCCCCCAUCUUGCUUCCUUGAUUAUUAUCCCCUUCCUUCCCCUUCCUCAUCCCUGAAACCGGAGUAUCUUUGUAUGUAUUAUACACGUCAGAUUGUUCCUCUGGCAUUUACAGAGCUUUUGACCUCUUUGUUCGGUCUCUCCAUGCCUCUUCGUGGCGAUGGUGGUGGAAAGACGCCUAGAACCGC